UGCAGGAUAUAAGAAGCCUCCGCUUGCCCACCCAAACUACCGGCAACCCCAAACCACAGCAACAUGAUGAACUCGCUGCUGAUGAAGCUGGGCACCUUGAUGUGUGUGCUGGCUGUACACGCCGACGUCAUGCCUGUGAAAGACUUCGACUUGGAGAAGAUGGCAGGAGACUGGUACGUUGUCGGCUAUGCCUCCAACGCCAAGUGGUUUGUGGACAGCAAGGAAGAAACCAAGCUGGGCACCCAAAUAUUUAAGCCAGGUCACGACGGACACAUGGAUCUCGUUUACGUCCACAACGGCCCUAAUGGCACCAGUUCGAAUUCGACUUUCCACGCUAUGAAAACCGACACUCCUGGACGCUUCACCUACCACAGCGACAUUUGGAAAAAUGACAACGACAUGCGCAUUGUUGAGGUCCAGUAUGAAGACUACGCUCUGGUCCACACCAUCAAGACGACCUCAGACAACUCGACUCACAUCCUCAACAACCUCCUCAGCCGUACCAACGGGACCAGUGCCGUCCUGCAGGAGAAGUUCUCAAAGUUCUCCAAUGAGACCGGCGUCCUGCCUGAAAACAUCCUCCUCUUACCCAGAGUGAUGUAAUCCAAUGUCACCCGGCCUGACGAGUCCCCGGCCAUCUUCCUCCCUUCAUCGCCACACCAGUUCCCAGGUUUUCAUCCCUCAAGAGAUUUACUCUCCACCUUCUCACUGUGAUGUCUGCAGCACCACAAAGAUCCACCUGAGACUGGGACAUUGCUGCAUUUUAUUCCAGCUCCUGCUGCGUAUGAAAGACCAAUCAUUAUUCUAAAGGCCAGAUUAGUGAGACAUAGGGAAGAAAUACACACGACUGUUAAAUCCAUACAUGCACGUCUCUGUUCAGUCCUUUGUUGUACAAUAAAAAUGAUGAAACUAUAA